ACUGCUGAGCUGCAAUUCCUUUGGAAAAGCGCAUCGCCAUUGCGCUAUACACUUUGGGCUCGUCCUCUGAGUACCGAACAGUUGGCAGGCUUUUCGGUGUAGCUCCAAACAGUGUGUGUAAUAUCCUGCACGAGUUUUGCAGAGCACUUAUCGACGAGUUUUCGAAGGAGUACAUGUCGCCCAAUUACCUAACUUCCGACAAAAUUGAUGAGUGCGUAAAGGGAUUCGAGGCAAUUGGGUUUCCUCAGUGCCUAGGUGCAAUUGAUGGAUGCCACAUCGAAAUAAAACCACCAGCACCUGAGGCAGUAGACCACCAUAACUAUAAGGGCUGGUAUUCCACAGUCUUGUUUGCCCUAGUGGAUUAUAGAUACAGAUUUACAUAUGUAAAUAUCGGCUCUGCAGGAAGAUGCAAUGACUCGAUGAUAUACCAGAAGUCAAGCCUUGCAAAACAUAUCGAAGCAUCGGCAUUCCUCCAAGAGAAAGCCAAGGAAAUAAGCGGAGUAAACGUCCCUGUAAUGCUUAUCGGGGACUCGGCAUUUAGGUUUUCUAAAAAGCUGAUGAAACCUUACCCGUUUUCCACAGUCGCCUCUUUGGAACAGCGCACGUUUAACUACAACCUUUCCAAAGCUAGGCGAGUGGUGGAAAAUGCAUUUGGGCAUUUAAAAGCCAGAUUUCGAAUAAUCGGAAAAGGUCUUGAUAGCCACCACAAAAAUAAUAGCGCCAUAAUAAUGAGCUGUUGUAUUUUACACAAUAUAUUAAAUAUGCACAACAGCGCGAUUAAUGAAAAUUGGGAGCUUGCAACAAAUGAGCAGCGCGAACAGCCCGAUACCAGCAACAGUUCUGCUGACUUUAAUCAGUCAGCAGAACAGAUACGAUCUGCAAUCGCAAAAUAUUGUGUAGACCGUAAUGAAAAUUAAAAACUUAUUUAUUUUUAUUUUUUAAAACUUCUAAUAAGUCGUUCUGGAAUUUUGUUUGGGUGCUGAUCAAGUCCUGCACCAUCUUCUCCUGCCUAACGUCGUGCUCCUCCUUCUUUCUGUGGUGGUCCUUUUGUUGUUCAAGAGGCUCCUGGGCGAUCUCUGCCAGCCACGAAAUGUCGGUCUUUUUCUUUUUCUUUGGCGGACGCCCAGACAAGGUGCUGGAGCUACAAGAU